AUGGGUUUCGGAUCAAGUGGCAGCGUCAUUUCCUUCGGGACGAACAGAUCCAAUCUGAGCAAACUUUCCAAGAGGAGUGCAAGUACUAUGCAUACCAUGGAUGCAUUGAUUAUUUCCCAAGCUACCGCACAGGCUGCUCAAGCAGCAAAGGCAAUCAUCGAUACUGGAGGAUCCGAACUGACAGCGUUGAAGACAGCCAAGGCAGCCGCUGUUGCUGCGCUUAUGCCAGAAUCAGGCGAUAACGACAUGGCUUCUGGAAUUGGUACUUCCUUCCUUCGUCGUCGGAGGCUCAAGCGAAGGGCCGAGGUUGUAGCAUCCAUGGCUCUUGCCUCUGCCAUUACCAGCGAUUGUCCGUCAGGAUCAUGGGACGCGAGUACGUCUCUUCAAGGCUUGAAGUUGAUCAAUGGCCAAUCUACUGAUAAGUUGGGCAUCAAGGAAAGUGCCAGCCUUUCAGAUGACCUUGGAAAAUUGAAGCACAAGAUUGGCAACCAGCUAAAGAUGAUCCCGAGCUUGUCGACCACGUUUUCUGGUUCCGGAGGAUCAGGUAGAUCGGGAGGAUCAGGUGCAACGGGUGCAACAGGAAGCACGGGAGUGUCUAAAACUAGCUCUGGAGAAUCAGGCGAAGCAGCGGAAAUCAAUCUAUCUUCCUCCUCUGCUGAGCAUUCAAUGUCUCGCCAGAUGUCAAACUUCACCAACAGCACGCAAGGGCAGGACACUUACUCAACGAACCCAAACAACGAACUGUUUCCGAGGCGAAAGCAUGGAAAGCACGGAAAAAAGAAGAAGCAUGGGAAACGUAGCAACCGCGGGCACGAUAAGUGUGGACUUUUUCCAACCGAGUCUGGCUGCUUGACCAAUACUUAUGAAGAUGAUGUCACCAUGGGCAGCGAUCUACUGAGUGCCGUUGGUCCAAUGGAUAGCAUGCUAAUCUCCAUCAUUAAUACCCUGAGCUGUGGCGGCCCCAUGUCAGGUGAAAGGCCCCGUGAAAUCCGAGUUCCAACUAACAGCAUUACGAGCAUUGAAGAGGAGGAAGAAUAUGACGAAGAGGAAAUUAUUUUCUCCAGAGAACAGCAGAGAGGCCGUGAAGUGGAACAUGCAAAGAAACAUAGAAUGCUUGACGAUGAACUCUUCAUGACCAUCACUCAAUCUCACACUUCUGCCAGCGCAUCUGUUGGUACCACCGGGGAAGAAAUCUUGCAAGACCUGAUGGCAACCACACCAACUGAAAAACGCAGCAAGAAGCCCCCUUCCAACAAGUGGCAUGGUAUGACCGACGGGUCAACCUACGAACUGACAGUGCCAGCCGCCUCAGAUUCGGUCGGCAGUUUGACCAUGGAUGGUUUGCUGGACGACAAUAAUGAAACUCCGAGAUCUGAAGUCCGAAACCAAAAUACAGGAUAUGGAAACCAAAAUACAGGAUAUGGAAACCAAAAUACAGGAUAUGGAAACCAAAGUCCAGGUGGAUAUGGACGGGAAAAACUAAGCACUCCAAGCCCAAGCUACGGCAGGCGCCAUCACAAACUAUACAAUACACGAUUUGCCCAAGGCUACAACAAGUUAGGAGGCCUCACCCCACCGCACCAUGGCCUUCCUCUCGGGAGUGAUGCACCAGGGAUGUCGCCAGCUCAUGGCAGCAUUGCAAACAGUCCUUUGAUGAAGGCGGGAAUGGGACUCUUCCGAAGAAAGCGAAGAGACGGCAGAUAA